AUGUCCCGACAAAGUAACAGAGCAGGGGAUCCCCGUAAAGUGAAUGGUGAAUUAUUUACUCUUACUUAUGGUGCAUUAGUUGCCCAGUUGGUGAAAGAUUACGAAAAUGAUGAAGAUGUCAACCGACAAUUAGAGAAAAUGGGCUACAAUAUGGGAAUACGACUCAUUGAAGAUUUCUUAGCCAGAUCCAAUGUAGGAAGAUGCCAUGAUUUCCGAGAAACAGCGGAUGUGAUAUCCAAAGCUGGUUUUAAAAUGUAUCUUGGUAUAACACCUGUCGUUUCCAAUUGGAGUCCUGCAGGUGAUGAGUUCUCAUUAUUAAUAGAAAACAAUCCCCUGACAGAAUUUGUAGAACUCCCAGAAGGACAUAAUGCUUUGAAUUAUUCUAAUAUUCUCUGUGGUGCUCUCAAAGGAUGCCUAGAAAUGGUGCAGAUGGACGUGGACGUCCGAAUUGUUCAAGACCAACUGAAGGGUGAUAGUAUAACAGAAAUUCGCCUCAAAUUCAUCAAACGGUUAGAAGAUGCAUUGCCAGCUGGCGAGGACUAA